CCUCCUUGGGCAACCUGUUCCAGUGCAUCACCACCCUCUGAGUGAAAAGCUUUCUCCUAAUAUCUAACCUAAAUCUCCCCUGUCUUAGUUUAAAACCAUUUCUCCUUGUCCUAUUGCUAUCCAUCCUCAUAAACAAUUGUUCUCCCUCCUAUGCUCCCUUCAAGUAUUGGAAGGCCACAAUGAGAUCUCCCUGGAGUCACCAUAAUCUCUCAAGCAAACUCAGUAACAUGGGGAAUGUGUUCCAUCAUUUGAUCACACUCACAUUAAAAAUGUAUUUUUCUUAUAUAUAAGUAGAACUUCCUGUAUUUCAUUUUUUCCCAUUGCCUUUCAUCCUGUCACAGGGUGCCAAUGAGAAAAGUCUGGCUCCAUCUGUUUGGAUCCACGUUCUUUCCUCCUUUUUCAUUUAGGUGACUGCACUCAGAAUACUCUAGCUAAUGCUGAUCAUGAGUGAGCUGUUGGCACCUACACAUAGAUUCAUACACUGUACCUGCAAAUUCAGCAGAACUUCUGUACAGAAGCUGCCUUGUGCAACUUCCUGUGAUAAGUCCCUUAGCUAAUUAGGUGAAAUACAAGUUUAUCUUUCUUGUCUCUUUGGAAGAUACCAGGAGGAGUUUCCAGGCCACCAGACGUAGAUGCACAGAGAAGAUUUCCUUCAGAGCUUGCAGUCCUGGUAGUGGGCCGUGCACAGCAUGGUGUCAGGGUCUUCUCUGAGCCAUGAGUGAUGCUGAAAUAAAAAGCCCUGUGAAAGAAUAUUUUAAAAUACAGGGACUGCUGGGACUCCGAUGGAAACAUAUUCUCCAGCCCUCCACCCAUCUCAGCAGAAAGGGCCGGUAGCAGCCCUGGUUCCAAGUCCUAACUCCCUGAGUGCGCAUUUGGCUGCAUUCCUUUCCAGGCAGCCACCCAGGCACUGCAGCAGACAGCAACAUCUCUUCCUGCUGCUUCCUGCAGAGGUCCGCCCUCCUCCUCUGUGCUGCAGCAGAGAGGAUUCCACUCCAGAGCCACUCCUGUGCCGGCCUGCUCAUUGCUCCUGCUGCAGACUGCGUUCUCUGGUGAGUGCCUCUCUGCAUCUAUCCUUCCAGCCCUGUGCUGGUUUCCAUGCGCACAGUCCCUUCUCUUUGCUUGCCACAGCUCAGUAAAAGGCUCAAAGACUUAUGUCUGUGCUUCUCUGUCUGUCUGUACUGCUAUGAUGUCCUGUCAGGCCAAGGGACACGGGAACAGUGUGACUGUGCAUUUAUGCUUCUCUGGGCAGUGAGUCUGCAUGUCUGUCCCUUGCUGCUCUCAGGGCUUCUGCAUGUGACUAAGAAACAAGUGUAUCCACAGAGAGAGUACAAAAAUGGAACUGGUUUGUAGUAAUCAGUUCUAACGGUGCCUGCGCAUCUGGGACCUCCACAGCUGAGGACAAAGAUAUGCAUGUUAAUGUCCAAAUUCCCAAUGAGACAUACACGCAGAGAUGGUGACAUUCAUAAAUUCAGAAUAAUACAGAACCAGGGUGUACAGGCAUAUCUAUUUUCUUAAUGGAUUCCUUAAAAUUGAUCGUUGGUAAAACAAUACUUCUACUAGGAACAAGGAAUCAUAUGCUUUGUCAGUCCUCUGCUUGUGGUAACAUUCACUGGUUUACUCUUGUGACUUGGGACAUUCAGGCACUUCCUCCUCCUUUUCCAAUUCCCCCAGAAGGUCCUCUGGUUGAAUACCUUGCAGCUGCUCCCACAGCCAGGAGCUCAUACUGUGUCUUCCUCAGUAUUCUUUUUCCAUACAGGUGUUUCUUACUGGGACCUGUCGACUGCAGCGCUGGGAGCUGCUUAUCCCAGUAAGAAGGACACUCAAAUGCUUUGAAGCAUCAAUUACAAAUGACUUUUUCUAUAGCCAGCACAGUAAAGAAAUAGGAUAUAUAAAGAGGAUGAUAGAAUCAUAAAGUCACUGAAGGAUAGCAUACCCCAAGUUGGAAGGGACCCACAAGGAUCAUCACGUGGCAGCCCAUCUGCCCACUACUCCCUGUUACCCUGACUGUGCUGCAGUCUCCUUCUUCUGUCCAUUAAAUCAGUGGAAUUUAGAAGUUCAAUUAACUAGCUCAUAUAUUGUUCAUAGUGAGAGUUUUUAAGUUAAUUUGAACAUAUCUCUCUGUAAAUACCUAUAUGUAUAAAAAUCUUGGACUGAAUUAUAUUCCCAUGCUAAGAGGAAGAUGCUUUUCCUCUUUUUUUAAUUUAGAGGUGAGAUUUAGUUUUUGAAACGUGGGUGUUUGGAUAUCCUGUCAUUUCCAAGAUAGACACAUGGUGCCAACACCUAUAGCACAGGACCUAUGAGAGACAGGCAUUAUUCUGCAGAAGCAGUCAGUCUGGAUUUCCUUAUUUCAGUGAGGACCACUCACCUGUGGUAUGACUCCUUGUUGCAAAGCUACAACCACUGAGCUAAGGCUCUGUCCAGUACAGUCGGAGUUCACAUCAGUGAUCUGUACAAAGACAAGGUGUCUCCAGAUACCCGUCUUUAGGCACUGAAUUGACCUAUCAGUCACGAACCUGGCAGCAUUUACCAUCCUCUCCAUCACAUUCUGCAUUUGCUUAUCAACUCCUUCAAUGCACAUCUGCCUCCCACUUCCCUGGAUGGCCGUCCAUGUAUCCAGCUACAAAUUUAUUCAUCCAUUCUCCUCCCCAACUUCCUAUAUCUUCACAUUUUCCCACCAUUCACUCCUGCUGCCACUAAAUACAGCCCUCUCCAGCCACCCAGCAGUGCCAUCUUCCUCACACAAAUCCAUGUAUGCAUGCACUCACCCACCCAAACUGUGCAUCAUCUGUUCUGCCUGUCCAGCCCUCUGUCCAUUUAAUCCUGUUAGCAUUGGUGCUGGUUUUGUCUAAGUGCAAUUGCCAGUGCUCAGGCCCAAGCUCACACACUUGUCUCAUGUCUCAGCUUGUGACCCAUCAUUUCUGCCACUUUCCCUGUGUUCUCAUGUGAAUCAAGCACCACCACACCUUGUAACCAACAGAUAUUUUUGGCACCUGCAAUUCCCAUCCCACUAAUUACUCUCCUACUAAUCUGCUCUAAGGCUCUUGAGAGAGGGACAAAAUGGUAUGUGAGGAAGCAAAGAGUCAUCUUGCCCAUGUAUAUUGGUGUAAGGGACCCACUUUUUUCAUGAGAUCCUCAUAGCUCACUUUGUGCCCUUUUCCACACAGAACUUGUCUUCAACCAGUUAAGAUGAGGAAAAGUGGCAUCCUGAGCAAGCACAGGAUGUACAGAGGUGAGCUGGGGUCAGAAGGGUGGUGUCUGUGAAAAGUGGGGAAGGUCUUUGCUGGAAGAGUGAUGUGGAAAGGAACUGUUUUCUUGGAUGGCUGAGAGGGAAGCACAGCUUGCUGUGGUCUGGGAAUCUGGGGGCGUGGCCUGUAACCAGCCUUCACUUAUUAUGAGUUGCGUAGCAAAAGAAGUGUGGCUCAUUUCACCCAUAGUGCUGAGGGCUUUUCAGAGAAGCCAUCAAGUGUGCGGAUGAUACAGAUUUUCUGUGUCUCUGCCUUUGAUGCUAUGCUAAGCACCCCUGAUAUGGUCCCCCCCUUCCUUUCCAGUAGUGCAAAGUGAGUAGCAUAUCUGCUUAAGUUAAUCUCUCUGGAUCAUUAGUCUCAAAGAAGAUGGUGGCUUAGAUAAAUGAGGAACUGUGGUCCAAGGGAAAUACGUUGGCUGCCUUGGGGACCUUCCAUUGCUAUUUGUCAGCUCUGCAACAGCAUUUCUGUGGCAGGUUUGGGCGCACAACUGUUGACCAUUGCAAGCAAACGCUUGAAACUUAAAAUUCUAUACAGGCAUUCAGGGAGUCUUACAACUGCUCUGUCUUCAUCAGGCUUGUUCACGAGGGGAAUAUGGUGCUUUUCUGCCUAUCCUGAAAUGGAGCUGGAAUCUGUGACAGUAAAUGUAAUCAUCCAGGACUUUGUGGCCGAUGUGGUAUCUGAGCUGUUUUUCCGCAAUAAGCAGCAAAUCUCUAGGGAAAUCAUGUUCAUCUUUCCUGUGGACUCUGACACUGUUGUACACAACUUCCAUGCCACCAUGGGGGACACUCGUGUUGAAGCAAUGCUCUGGGACAAGAAGGAGGCCCAGCAGCUGUACAAAGCCACUCCAGGCAUGGAAAAUUUGAGAUAUCUGCAGGAUCAGUGGGAUCUUUGGGGUCCAGUGUUCGCUUGUUUUUUGGGGACUGUGCCUCCUAACAGAGAGGUGGCCAUCAGCCUGUGCUAUGUCCAGGAGCUUCCACUGCAUCCCAAUGGAGCUGCUAAGUUUUGCUGGCCACGGAACCUGUUGCCCGAACAAAAAUUCAUCAGACGCCACCUAUCUGAAGAGGAGGUAUCACAAAACCUGCACUUCAGAAUCCAUCUGCAGUCAUCCCGUGGAGUGUCACAUAUAGAUAUUAACAGCAGCUGCACACCUCUGCAGUACACAGCUCCAGAUCAGACAUCUGCUGAGGUUUCAUUGAAAUCACCACCUUGGAUCUCUGAUAAUUUGGAAUUGCUGGUGUAUUAUGGAGGGCCUCACAAUCUUAGUGCUAUGGUGGAGAGCAGAGACCCCAAAGCUGCACCUGGCUCUCUGCUGGGGGACCCUGUGGUGAUGGUGACACUGAAACCCAGCAUUCCUGAAGUGAUGCCCAGUUCAGGCCAUCUUGGGGAAUUCCUCUUUCUUAUGGACUGCAGCCUCUACCAGGAUGCACAGAACACACUGCUCUUCCUUCUCAAGAGUUUGCCUCUGGGUUGCUACUUCAACAUCUACAGUUUUGGGGCCACUUUCAAAGCCUUCUAUCCGCAAAGUGUGGAAUACACACAGGAAAGCAUGGACAAUGCUGUGGGAUACAUCUCUUCCAUCUGCCCUGAUCUUGGGGGCUGUGAUCUCUUGGGUCUCCUAAGGUCUAUCUACAGCACCCCUCUCCUUCGUGGGCUUCCCCGCCAGCUCUUCAUCUUCAUCCAAAGGAAGGUCUCCAGUGAAGAGCAAGAUAUCAUGGCUGAGGUUCACCGUUACCGGGACCACCAUCGAUGUUUCUGUUUUCCUAUUGACAAGUGUGAGAGCUUUAACAUUUCCCAGGCCAUUGCCCUUGAGACCAAAGGCAAAUGUGUGUGCAUCCACUCCAAGAUGACUAUGACAUCCGAGGCAGUGAAAUGCCUGCAGCAGGCCCUGCAGCCUCUGGCAAGUGAGAUCUCACUACAAUGGGACCUUCCACCAGGCCUGGAGGUGACAGUGAUCAGAAAAGCUCCUGAAAUGAUCUUCCAGGGACAUCAGAGCAUCAUCUAUGCCCAGAUCCAUGGGCAAGCACAGGAUCCAGAGGCAGAUGUGGCAACUGUGACCCUUCAGUAUCGUGUGGGCAGCCAGCCCUUUCAUUCCACACUCAGGUUUUCAAUGUCCCCAUCAGCAGAUGACAGCAGGUUUCCUGUGCACCGCAUAGCCAUGAUGCAUCUGCUAUGGAAAUUGGCCUGGCAGGGGACAAGCAUGUCAGAGAAGGAGGACAUAUGGCACAGUGCAGUUAAGCUCAGCCUCAGCCUGGGAAUCCCAUCCGCCUUCACCUCAGUUGUGGCAGUACGCAUGGAACAGAGGGAUACUAGGCACCAUGAUUCUUUGCUUCCAGAUUCCUCCAUGCUUUUUCCUCCGUCUUGCAAUCUGGUUCCCUGCCAGCUCCUCUGGUUGUGCGGCUCCAGGCCUGGGUGGUUCAAGUCCACCAAAUUUUGGAUGAUCCAGAAGUGCCAGUUCUGUCUCAAGAUGCUAGAUCCCAAAGCCCCUCAUGCUGAGACAUUGCCCCAGCUUUCAGCACACUGUAAAGAGCAGGAGUCUUCUCCUGAAGAGCAGGUGAUGGAAGAAGCAACAGCUUUUAACACCAGUUGGGACUGGACAAUUUCACCACUGUCAACAAGACUGUGUAACUUCUCCAAUAUCAGGGUAGUCGUGGCACUCCAGAAGGCAAAUGGGUCCUGGGCCCUCACCUCAGCCCUGGUCUCUGCCUUGGGGCUCAGCAAGGCUGACAUUGAGGGACGAAGCCUCAGUAAGGAUGUAAAGCCAGUUGUCUUGGCCACAGUUUUGGCCCUAGUGUGGUUGCACCAGUAUAAAUGGAAGGUAUCCUGGUCAGAACUUCUGGAGGCCAAAGCUUGUAGGUGGCUGUGGGACAGAGCUGGUAAGAUUUUGCUGGGAAAAUUCAUACUCUGGGCCAUUCCCACAAAAUGCACAACCAGUGCCCAUGUUCCUCUUUCCUGGUGCUCCUGUGUGGCAGUCUGUGAGACAGUCAGUACACACUAUCUUCCUUUUCUGAGUAGCGUUCCCUCUUGACAUUUUCUCUCUGCUUGCAGAGUUCAAUCCGGAUGAAUGUCUAGAAGCAGCAAAUUCCCUCUUAGGCUGUAUUGUAGAGCCCACCAUCUUCAGGAUCUGAACUUCCCCUACAGGGGGGAGGGUGUCUACAGGGGGUGGGCAAGAUAUUGGGCAGGGAU